CAAUGAUUGUAUUUUAUAAACAAAAUUUUGGAAAUUCAGAAUUCAAAUUCUGGAAGUUUCAUUUUCUCACUUGCCGUUUUUCAUGUUCAUUUAUUUUCAAUCUAAUACAUAAUUCAUUUUUGUUCUAUUGUUUUCUUUAUUUGAUUGUAUUUUUUAAAGAAACCUUCAGUGAUCAAAAAACACAUCAAAAUGCAUACGUUAGCCUACAAACACAACAACGCUCAUGAUGAUAGCAUUUGGGCAUGCGAUUGGGGCCAAAUCAGCACCACAAAGACAGUAGAUCGUAAAGUUUCGGAUAAAGGUGACGAGUCCGAUGAUGAUAUACAAGAAUUGUCGUCCGAUUGUAUAGUGACCGGUUCCAUUGACGAAACCGUAAAAGUUUGGUCUUAUGAUAAGACUACUAAUCUAAAACAUGAAAAAUCUUUCAAAGAUCACUCUUUGGGAGUCAUAUCCGUAGCAUUAAAUUCAGAUUCGUCAAUACUCGCUUCUAGUUCAUUAGACGCUACGUUAGUUUUAUGGAAAACUUCGACCGCCGAAAAAAUUAAAUCAUUUACAAUUGGACCCGUUGAACUGUGGACCAUUGCGUUUUCGCCUGAUGACAAUUAUAUUAUAUCGGGCAGUCAUUCAGGUAAAAUUAAUUUAUUUGGAGUUGAAACUGGAAUACAAGAACAAACAUUUGAUACUAGAGGUUAGUAUUUAAACAACAUAAAUUUCACAAUGUUCUUUUAAUUAUAUUUUUUUAUUCAUUUAUAGGAAAAUUUACAUUAAGCAUAGCAUAUAGCCCAGACAGUAAAUAUAUAGCUUGUGGUGCUUUAGAUGGUAUUAUAAAUGUGUUUGAUGUGUUAUCCGGCAAACUUACACAUACACUUGAAGGUCAUGCUAUGCCAAUUCGAUCUUUGUGCUUUUCGUCAGAUUCAAAAUAUUUAUUAACCGGAUCAGAUGAUUGUCAAAUGAAAAUUUAUGCAAUUCAUCAUGCUGAAGUAUUGGGUACUGUAUCUGGUCAUGGUUCGUGGGUCCUAAGUGUAGAUUUCUCACCAGAUUGCAAGAGUUUUAUUUCGGGUAGUGCCGAUAAUACCGUUAAAGUUUGGGACGUAGGCCAACGCAGUUGUAUAAAUACAUUAAAAGAACAUAAAGACAAGGUAUGGUGUGUCAAAUAUAAUUCCAUUGGGGAUAAAAUAGUUUCUGUAUCUGAAGACACUUCAAUUAAUAUAUAUUCGUCGCCUUAACAAUCUUAUUGACAUCUAAUAUCAUGUUUGUAUUAAUAGGCUACAUAAUAAUUAUUCGGAUUUUAUUCCAAAUAGUGUUAUAAAAAUGUAUAAGUUUAAUUUUGAAUUAAUUUUUAUUGUAUAAUAAUUUAUCCUCAUUUUUAACAUUGUAAUUUAAAAUUAUUAUGAAGUGUACAAUAUUUAUUUUAUUUUUAUAAUACUUGUACAAUUAGUACUUAUUACUGAAGAUAUUUUUGCUAAUGUGAAAAUGUCAUUUUUCAUUUAGAUUUAUGAAUAUGUAUUGUUUAUAUACUAGUGUUUCUGUUUUAGAUAUUAUUUUCAAAGGUCUGUAAUAUUAAUUAAAUUAAAAAUCUGGACUUACAAACAAG